UGGUGGCUCCACGAAGCACCUCGCACACCACGCGGCCUCCUUGUCGGCCCUUGUCGCUCCCUGUCCAUCUCCUCAUCACAUCCGGGGUCGUAUCAUUCAUCCAGCCGUGAAACCCUCGCGAUCUUCGACCCACUUCUUCCCUAACUUCAGAAACUUUUGGAUGCAGCGGUUUGUAUCUGCGUUUUCUGAACAAUAAACCCCGAUCAAGCAUUCCCAUAUUGUCUUUCGUUUCUGGCUUGUUCGGUUUCCUUUAACUGGCAUUCAUCUUUGUCGAUGCUGCGGGUUCUCCGGCGUUUUCACAUUCCCAUUGGCAAGUAUCGAACUUUUCCCUGGUCCGGUCCACGCAACUUUUCUGCUGCAUGGGACCCGCGCCGACCGGGAUCGCUGAAAGAGGGUUAGUCACCCCUUGUUGUCGUAUUAAGCAGCGCCCCUCCCCCCUCCCUUGUGCGAGACCCGAUUUCUUUACUUCCUCAUGCGUCGAGCGAGGUCAAUUCGCCUUAUUAUCUGCCGCUCCCGCUCCUUCGAUAACUAUCAAGCUCUGGGGGAAUCCCUUCCGCUAACACCAACUUCACAUCUGGUCGACGUCAGUUCUUCAUCAACCCCUAUAAGAAGAAUUCUCGCACCAACAAAUGAUAUCGGCACGCCCCAGGCAUCAGAUCGGAUUUUAAAACAGUAUCAGACGAAACAAAUUUUUGAGACUACAGCCGCAGAGUUAGUAGCUGGGGUAGAUUUCUUGUUAAUCAUUGCUGCCAAUCAACGUCAAUAGCCUGUUCAGCUGUGGAUCAUUUGGUCUUGACGUCAGCGAGAAACUCCACCAUCGAACGUCGCAGCCCUGCUGUUCCGAACACCACCUCACCAAAAACCUGAACCCCCAGUCCCAGGCUUGUCCGUCGCUCCCCCACAACUGAGCCUGUCGGUUGUUUCUCUGCGUCUCGGAGUGGAGAGAAGUCCCUACGGAUCGUCUUGGAUCGCCGCGCCUUCAGACACUAAAUCGGCUAAUCAAACCAGGGAGCUGAAGCCAGAACACUUACGAUAUUAUCUGGACAUUUGGGCAUUGGCGAUUGCCGUCGCUUUAGCAUUUUGACAGUUAAAAGGUUUGGCAUCUGACACGCCGCGCGCCACCGACGCACUUACAGCGGAGCCGACCGUCGCAGAAAACCCAUAAAAGAAACGCAAGCGCUGAGUCUUGGUUAGCGGGCUUGCUUUGCUGGUACCUUCUGCGUCGUGGCCGACGAUUUGUCCGAUUUUCCAGCGAACCACGAACGACAUCCGCUUUCACCCCAGCCACCCGGGGUGCAAGGACACACUUUCCCUGAUUUUCUAGAGUCUGCGACAAUAAGAUCGCGGAACGCAGCCCGCCAACCCAAGACAAAACACUCAGGGCAACCACUAGGGGUAAAUACCCACGCCGGCCCACUCUCUAGUCCACAUCAACCGCUCUUUGGACGCUAUCUGAACAUUUUGUCGUUGCUUCUCCCAUAUUUGCCCGCGCGAAUACCACUUUGGAUACCUACAGCUCUUGGCCCGGCUAUUGUUGCCGAAAAGCAUCUGUUUCUUAAAAAAAGACCCUUGCGAUAAGCAGGCAUCUGAUCCGUCCGAACCUGCGCGCGAUCAGAAACCAUCACGGUCUUGUCUCCAUCUGCACCAUCGACAGGGUCUCGAUACCCCAGGCUCAUCACGGACCCUCCCCCCACCGCUCUCGUUGCACCCCCGGGCUUUGCCUAGAAUACAGAUCAAAACCCUCGCGUUUCCCGGUCAGCCAAGAUGGCGACUUCCAACAGAUACCCCCCGAACUCAAAUUCGCACCAAGUCCAGCAGGCACAACUGCAGGGACAACAGUACCAGCAGUCACAAGCGCCCGUCGCUCCUACCACUCAGACAAAGGGCCGCCCACCGAGUUCCCAACGCAAGUCGAGAGCCUUCAGCUUCCGAUCGGACAAGUCUCACGACGCCAAGGAGCAAAAGCUUGACUUGCACGAAACCAGUGCCGAGAAGGACGCCAAACGGUUACAUACUAAAGCCGACCCUACCUUGGCCAUGAACGAGGCAGAGCCAUCCGAGGUGGCCGCGCACGUUAAGUCAUCGCUCGCUUCUUUGCGGAAUGUGCAGCACAAGGAUGUCUUUGGAAAUCCAAUCGCCGACCCCGAUCGCUCAAAUCCCACCCGCAGUCGUUGGGAGCGCCCUCUAGAUACCAUUCGGAGCUUCGAGGCCGCCAUUGAUGGAGCUUACAGCAAUCGUAGGUCCAUUUACCGCUCAGACUCGGAGUCAACCUGGGGCAAUAACGGCAGACGAAACAGUUAUUAUGGCACAAAUGGCCCCGGUUACUACAACAGCCGACCAGCUUCGGCAAUGUAUCCGAACCGUCAGGACGGCAGCCAACAUGACCUGAGGCAAGCACCACGAGACACUUACUACGAUUACCAGUCAGGAUACAACAGCGGGUAUUCCUCCCCGCCUCAGAGUCAAGGCAGACGUCGGGAUCCCAGGAUCAUGCCUAACCCGCAAUUCUCUUCGCCGUAUCAAUCGCCGAGCGCGAACGACUACCCGAUCCCGAGUAACCAUCGCUCGUACGAGACCGUUGCCUCGGCAUCUGGAAGUGAUCCAUUGGGGUAUCAGACUGAUCCGACAAGUAGUGACAACAGUUCGAUUGAACGAGCUCAAGCGGGGCCAGUUUCCAAGCGACCGUCGGAACCAGCAAAUGAUUAUGGAAUAGGAUUCAGCCAGAACACCGAAUAUUCACCAUCAGCUUUCACAGUUGGCUACAACGGGAAACCUGCCACGGGCAUGAACAGCGGUGGAGUAAACAACUACCAAGCGAACGGUACGUCUGGCUUCGCCAACAACAACCUCAACAACUUCGGUCAGGGAAGCCCCAGCGUUGCACCAGUCACAGCGCCUGCUCCGCCCCAGAAAGACACCCGGACACUACAGAAAAAGUCGACGAACGAUACCAUUCAACCAGAAAGGCCGGGCGUCCCGGAGAAGCGCAAGAGUUGGUUUUCGCGCAAGCUGAAGAGGUAGGCUGGUCUACUGAGACUGGAUGUUCGGAUAACGAUUUUGUCGUUUAUUCGACUAUGAUAUGAUAUUGAUGAAGACUUGCUUGUCGGGCCUUGCCACUUUUUGGCUCGCUUUCUUUUACGAUGGAUACCCACGCCUUCGCCUACAUGCCAUCCAGGGAACGUCUGAUGAGCGUUCGGAGGCAGUCGGCCGAACAUUCCCAAUCAUUGAUAGGUGUAAUGGAGGUAUCAUUAUGACAGAAUUUCUUGUUUUAAGACUGAGGUUUGCGGGAAGUUAUCUUCGGACAUGAAGUGGUCAUGAAACGCCGGUGUUCCAUGAAGGAUUCAGAUAAUGUUGUAAUGAUAAUGUGGGAAUGGAUUGCAAUCGAGAUGGAAAGCUAUAACUACGCAAGGAACAAGGUAUUGUUAGGGAUGAUGGGCGCAAUGUGUGUGAUGAGGGAUGAGUCAAAGGAUCUCUUUUGUGUUCGACGUGAAACAGGAUUACAGCGGCUAGAAAUCACCCGAAUGAGGGUGAAGGGAAAACGCAUUGAUCUGGAGAGCGGAUGGAAGACUCGUCAUUCAGGCACACCCUUGCAGGAGAUCUGCACCUGCUCUUUACUGUCUCUGCGACGAUAUCCUCGGGAGAUGGAGUAUAUACGUGGGCCAGGUAUAAGCGAAUAGAUUAACCCUUGUUUGAUUGGACAAAUGGCUUGAUCAUUGCCCAUCACUGUGAAGUUGUUAAAUACAGUAAAG